AUGUGGGCGCUGGACGAGACCGCGCUGGACCUCGUGCAGCGAACAUGGUACGAUGUACCGUUCCGCUGUGGCAUCGACGUCAUCGACGCCGUCUUCCCCGACGGCAUCCCAUCGCGCGCCGUGGUAGAGCUCUACGGCGACGCGGCGAGUCCGCGCAGCCUCGUGCUCCAACACCUCGUCGCGACCUUCCUCCUCCAGCACCCCAGCGGCCGCGUCUACUACUUUGACCACGAGUGCCAUCUCGACGCGGUCGAAAUGCGCUGCGUCCUCGAGGGCUACGCGGCGCACGACGAGGCGGCGGUCGUCAGCGCCAUGCAGCGCCUCGAGCUCUUCCACGCGCCAUCGACCGCAGCCUUUUCCGCCGAGCUGCGCCAGGUGCACGAACAGCUGCUGGCGGCCAAGACGCGUCCGGCCAACGUUCUCGUAGCCGUCGACGCGAUCAGCUCGUUCCAUUUGAUCGACAAGGCCGCGGCGCUCCGCGUCGGCGAAGCUGUGGCGCCCAUGGGUGCCAUCUACGCGCAGCUCAAGGACUUUGCCCGCACGCAUUCAGCGUUUUUGUUUGUGACCAAAGCAAACGAAUUGGCAAAAGGCUGGGGCCACGCCGAGUACAUGCCCAGUGUCUGGUCGUCGCUCGUCACCAAGCGGCUCUCCCUACGGACUCGGACGUCGCCGGGGACAGCAUUUCCAUCCCCCGACCAGUCGUCGUUCCAACUGCGCCAUUUCGCCAACGCCGAAGCGUCCGCAUAUUCUUCCGUUCUGCCUUGA